AUGGUGGAGACGCUGAGUAUCGCGGUGAUCGGAGCCCCCGGUGUGGGAAAAACUUCCAUCAUCCGCCGAUUCGUCUACGACGACUUCACCGACGGAUCCACACCGACCCGCGCGCGACGCGUCUACAGACCGUCUGUGGUCCUCAACGGUCACAUGUACGAGCUCAAGAUUUUGGAUGUCCCGCCAAUCGCCGCGUUUCCCUCCAGUCCAGCGCAGGAGUGGCUGGACGAGCGCUGCAGAGGAGUGCGUAAUGCCAGUGCAUACAUCCUGGUCUACGACAUCUGCUGCGUCGAGAGCUUCGAAUAUGUCAAGAUGAUCCGCCAGCAGAUUGUAGAUAACAGGGAGGGCAGUAACAGCAGCAGCAGUAGUGAUGUCCCCAUCCUGGUGGUCGGCAGUAAGAGGGAUCUGCAGAGGCAUCGCUUCGCUCAGCGCCGCUCCAUCUCCGUGCUGGUGAAGAAAACCUGGAAGUGCGGCUACGUGGAGUGUUCGGCUAAGUUCAACUGGCACGUUCUCCUGCUCUUUAAAGAGCUGCUGGGCAUCGCGGUGACCCGGGGACUUCGCCACAACCACGCCUCCAUCCGCCUGCAGGGGGCGCUGCACAGGAACCGGUGCUGUGUCAUGUGA